UCCAUGGAGAACAAUACAGUGGUGAGAGAAUUCAUCCUGGUAGGACUAACCAAUGCCCCAGAACUGCAGGUCCCCCUCUUUGUAAUGUUCACCCUCAUCUACCUCAACACUGUGAUUGGGAACCUGGGGAUAAUCAUGUUGAUCCUGCUGGACUCUCGUCUCCACACUCCUAUGUACUUUUUCCUCAGUAACCUGUCUCUGGUGGAUUUGUGUUACUCCUCAACAAUAACUCCAAAGGUGAUGGCUGGAUUUCUAACAGGAGACAAAGUCAUCUCCUACAAUGCCUGUGCUACUCAGAUGUUCUUUUUUAUAGUCUUUGCCACUGUGGAAAAUUACCUCUUGGCCUCAAUGGCCUAUGACCGCUAUGCAGCAGUGUGUAAACCCCUACAUUACACCACUACCAUGACAACAGUUGUGUGUGCUUCUAUGGCCAUAGGCUGCUAUAGCCUUGGCUUUCUGAAUGCUUCUAUUAAUGUUGGAGACACAUUCUGUCUCUCUUUUUGUUUGUCCGUGAUCCAUCACUUUUUUUGCGAUGUUCCAGCAGUCAUGACUCUGACUUGCUCUGGUAACCAUAUUGGUGAACUGAUUCUUAUUCUUAUUUCAAGUUUUAAUGUCUUUCUUGCACUUUUUGUUAUCUUGACUUCCUAUCUCUUUAUAUUUAUUACCAUUUCAAAGAUGCACUCAAGACAGAGAUAUCAGAAGGCUUUGUCUACCUGUGGUUCUCACCUUAUUACAGUUUCCAUAUUUUAUGGGACUGUCAUCUUUAUGUACUUACAGCCAAGUUCCAGUCAUUCCAUGGGCACAGGCAGAAUCGCAUCUAUGUUCUAUUCUAUGGUCAUCCCCAUGCUGAACCCUCUGGUCUACAGCCUGAGGAACAAAGAGGUCAAGAGUGCAUUUAAGAAGGUUGUUGAGAAGGCAAAAUUGUCUGUUUCAUAA